GUCUGUCGCAAGUUCGUCCAUUUUCAGUGGUCGAUGCAUUCGCCUGCACCCGCACGCCACACAUACAUGUAUCAAGUCAACCACGGCGAAUCAAAGUAUGCACGCCCUUCCUUUGCCCCUGCAUUGCUAUAUUGGUUCCCUCUCGCAAAUCGCUCUCAGGCCCCGCCCAUCGCAGCGAUCAUUCCAACAAAGAUUUGGGGUGCGCAUAUUUAGCGUGAGCGCCCGCCAUCUCUUUCAGUUGUCAUAUCUUGCAUAUCUGCCUAUCGCAACGUUUCUGCCGCGGCAGCCUCCGAACUAUCGUCCUGCCAUCCUUAUCUGCUGCUUCUCAAGAUCUCACACUUCCUCAGUCUAUCUUCUGCUACUCAUUCAACGCCAAUGUUCGCCACUCUUGGCUGCGUAUCUACAGAGCUCCUUCUCCAGCCUUUUCCCGCGAUGUUCCCCCCGAGUACCUGUGCGUCAGUCCUCUGAAAUGAAACUUCUCGACAUACAACCAUUCCUGUCUCGCCCCGUCAUAACAUGACACACUUUCAGGGUUCACAUCUGGUCACACAGACAUCUAUACGUAAGCUCCGUGUCCCGUUACUGCGUCACCAGGCGUCACUUUUCCUAUGACCGGCUCAGCGCGGCCAACGUGUCUGCAUCUCUGCACACGACUGGUCCAACGAGAAACCGUUCGUUCAUAUCCGUCUGUGUCAUGUGCCUCAUUCAUAGGUGCUGGGUCAUAUUGUGACCAUCGCGUUGACGUGUCCGCUCGAUGCUCUAUCCAGGCAGGUGAGGGUCGGUCGCU